AUAUGAACUCUUGCCUCAACGGUUUAAAUGACAAGAGGUCCCAGCGUGAGGAAUCAAUUCUCACAAGUAAAAUUUGUGAACUACUUUCCUUCUUCAAAAGAAAGAAGAAUAUUAGUACUAUUAGUGCACUUGUUUGCCACUAUAAAACUCCGAAUUCAGCCAAGUUUUUCAAAUCCCAUCCAAACCAACUCUGAGAAGACUACUAGUACUAAUCCAUUCAAGAGUAUCAAAAUCAUUCUUUACUUUUCAAUUUUUUUCCCCCUCACCAACUUGGAUUGAGAUUAGCCUUCGUUUAUGCAAAGGAUAAUCAUGGGAGCCAAUGUUUCAACAUGGCAGGAACCCAAUGGAUCAUCAUUACCACCAUCACAAAAGAAACCUCAAGUCAUUGCCUUCCAUUCAUCAGCCAAAUGGAAAGUCCAUUUUGAAGCCUUAAAACAAACUUCCAAACUGAUCGUCAUCGAUUUCACAGCUUCGUGGUGUGGACCUUGUCGAUACAUAGAACCGGCAAUCUACGAAUUCGCUGCUAAAUAUACAGAUGUUGAGUUUGUCAAGAUUGAUGUGGAUGAGCUAGAGGUUUGUAUACUUUUUGCAUCAAUUUUGUUGACUAAGUUAAUUAAUUAAGACAUAGUAAUAUUAGUAUCCUUAUUAUUGAUGGUGGCUUUGAGAAAACAGGAUGUGGCUGAAGAAUUCGGGGUGCAGGCAAUGCCAACAUUCAUACUGAUAAAGCAAGGCAAACAGUUGGACAAGAUUGUGGGUGCCAAGAAGGAGGAACUCCAGAAGAAGAUUGAGAAACACAGAGUUUAAUCCUAAGGCUGACUCCAUAGCUGCUGAUUCAAACCUUCUCUAAUCAUACUUAUUUGGUCUUGAGAAAAAGAUAAAUAAACGGGGGGAAAUCCGACAGGGGAGUUAUUCUAGCUAGUCUGCUAAUUUUAUGUUUAUUUUUGUACGUAGUUUGUCUUAGCAUGGAUGGAUUGCGUUAGAUGACCAAUUCCAAUUUGAUGUAUUGUGUCAAGAUUUUGCACAAAAAAAAUAUAUGCUUUCAGCUGAUAAAAGUGUUACGUACGACAUCAUUAUUAUCAAACCAAAGGGAACAACUGAGUUGAACAACAAAGUUUGCCAAAAAAGACAGAAAUCCAAGAAUGCAAAUUCCUCUUUUCGAAUUCAGUUUCCUAAAAAUGUACUGGUUGAAUCAAUGGCAAAUUCUACACAAAAUGAGACAACAGUCAAAGAAAUGGCAACUUGUAAGAGAAGGACUGCCAUCUAAAAAUCAUAGAACAUCGAAAUCUAAUGAGAAAUCAAUCUACCAAACAAUAUGUGCAAACAAUCGGGUACUGAUGAAGCCGGAUUGAACUUUUAAAUUUUCCCCAAGAAUCAAGGCUUUCUCUUCUCAGGGGGAAUUUCCAGGAUUCUGAGCAGGGCCGGGCAGAGGAGAGAUAAAAUCAAAUUCAUCACCAAGGAGGAAAUCAUCAUCCUCAGUCUCAGGAACUCCUGAUGAACUAGGAAAGCUAAAUUCAUAUGGUAAGUAGUCAAUAUUAUCCACAGGCUUCAUAACACCUCCUUGUAGACCUCCAAUUGCACCGCCGCCAGUUGCAUUAGCAACCACCACAGAAUAUGACUCAGACGGAAAAGCCCGGCUAUCCAAGACCUGCUGACCAUUAUUCUUCUGCAGAUGGAAUUGACAUUGGAUGGAUGGGAGCUGGUUGGGUGAAAGACGUGCAAAUGGAACAGCAUUAUAUUCAGCACGGAAUGGGUAGGGUUGCGAUAAUCGGUUCAACUCUGCCUGGGAAUAAUGGGAUGGACCAGCAACAGCAGCAUGAUUGGGCAAACCAUGAGCGACAUUCUGAUGAGAAUCUUCUUCUACUUCACCAUCAUUUGGAGCAAUACCACCAUCUUCUUCACUCUCUCCUCUAGCUCUUUUUUUUGACUUAGGGGUUGGACUCUUCUUCGUGCCAGGUUUUAGGUAGAUUUUACAUAGAACACAAUCAUCCAACUGCCAAAUCAAGUUCCAUAUUUGUUAGACUAAUGUGGAAGUUGAAAUAUGGCAUCUAUAUUUGCAAUCCUGGAAAUCGAAUAUGGCAUUUCAUAAUUCAGAAAAGCUUUGCUGAGAGAAAGAGUUUACCCUCAUAUUAUUAGCCUCGGCCUUGGCAGGAAGUGGAGGAUUUUUUAGCCAAAAUUCAUGCAUGAGCCAUUCAGUCCUCUCCCCAGAGGAAGGUUUUCCUUUAUGAUAAGCCAGGGACUUCCUGAAUCCAAGUUCUUCUCCCCGAGGACCACCAGUUAUUAUGCGAUUUGCCCCAGUAGCCUUCCAAAAACCAUCUCCAGCAGUCCGUUUUGGACGACCGCCUUGUGGGUAUUUCCUAUCUCUUGGAGUGAAGAAGAACCAUCGAUUUCCCCCCAUAUUUGGAUACUUAGCUGUUCAAAGAUGGCCAAGAAAAAAUCCCCACGUCAAGAAAUGGUGCAGGCUUAGUACUACUCACAAAUAAGUUUACAGCAAAAACAGUAAUAUCAGUUUUUUUUUUUUUUUGAUUAUGUAUUAAUCUUGAUUGCAUAGUUUCAG